AUGACCACGACGGCUUACCUCAUUCCUUUUAUAUUCAUUGCGACCUAUGCUCAAGAACGACUAAAAGACCUGCCACUUGCACCUGAUUACUGCAAAAACGGAGGCGCUUUCGUUAAUGGAGAAUGCGUGUGUACACUUCGCUAUGAAGGAAAACAAUGCGAGCAGGAGAGAUGUUUGAAUGGAGGACGUCGCCAUAAAGCCAACGGCCAGGUUCGAUGUCACUGUCCUUUCGGGCUUUCUGGUGAUCGCUGUGAGAAGGUCACAUAUUGCGAGCCGGGAAAAGGUAAAUUAGUCAACGGUAAAUGCGAGUGCAGCUCAAAAUGGACAGGACUAUUUUGCCAGAUGCGCACAUGUUACAAUGGUAUACCAACAGGUGGAAUGGAUGGAUUUUGUCUUUGCGAUGUUGGAUUUACUGGCCCAUUCUGCGACGUACCGCUUAUUUGCGAGAACGGCGGCAAAGUUACUCAGGACAACGAAUGCGCUUGCCAAGCAGAAUACACCGGCGAACGAUGUGAACUGUGUGCCGUUGGCCAUUCAAUGGAAAAUGGUCGAUGCGUACCUGAAGUGCUGGAGUCAUCGCUGAUAGCGCAAACUGGCUCGUUGUCCUCAAAGCCGUUCGCAUGGCCCAUUGUGCUCAUCGGUGGUGGAGCCGCAUUGGCAGCAGUGCUGCUGAUCACCAUGAUCACCUUGGCUGUGCGACGAUGGAGUUCGAAGCCGUCCAGAGAGAACAGCGUGCAUGGGCAACCUGACGCUACUGAUGUUUAA